AUGGCCUCACGCAUCUUGCUCUUGUUGAUAUCAACAUAUCUCGCCACACCAAUUCCACCAACGCAAGAUCCAUUUUAUAGCCCAACAGAAGGUUUCGAAACGUCUAGUCCCGGGACAGUCUUGCGCAUACGUGAGGCGGUCGGAAAUCUCACUACCUUGGCUGGGUCGAACUGCUCAGCAGCCUACAAUAUCGUAUACCGGACGACCAACAGUCGUUACAAUGCGGACUAUGCAGUGACCACCAUCUUCGUACCAGCCAGCCCAAGUCCAGCCCUUUUGUCCUACCAGGUUCCGUACGACUCGGCCUACCUAGACGCGAGUCCCAGCUAUGCCCUCUACAGCACCGACGGCGCAUCCUGGAUGCAAGAUGUCAGCACAGCCCUGUCUCUGGGUUGGUUCGUCAGCGUCCCAGACUACGAGGGCCCGCUGGCAUCAUUCACCGCCGGCGUCCAGUCUGGACACGCCACCCUCGACUCCGUCCGCGCGAUCCUCAAUGCAAACGCAAGCAACGGCCUCGGCCUGCUCCCAGACACUCGCUCUGCCAUGUGGGGCUACUCGGGCGGUGCGCUGGCUAGCGAGUGGGCUGCCGAGCUGCAGGUCCAAUAUGCGCCGGAGCUGAACUUCAGCGGCGCCGCCCUCGGCGGUCUCACCCCCAACGUGUCGAGCGUCCUGGACUCGAUCAAUGGGCAGAUAGACGCAGGCCUGGGCCCGUCGUCUUUCUUGGGCCUGUCUAGCCAGUACCCGGAGCUCCGGCAAUUCCUGGUCUCCAAGCUCAAGACCACGGGCCCUUACAACGCGACUGGCUUUCUGGCUGCUGAGAACUACACCAACUCGCAGGCGGUCGAGGCCUUUGCGUUUCAGAAUAUCACGGAUUAUUUCGUGGGUGGCAUCUCUGAUCUGCUGGGCCCUCUCGCGCUCAGCGUCGCCAAUGUUGAGGGCCAGAUGGGGUAUCAUGGCGUCCCGCAGAUGCCCAUCUUCGCCUACAAGGCUAUUGCAGAUGAAGUGAGCAUUGUGAACGACACAGAUGUUUUGAUGGAGCGGUAUUGCAAUGUCGGAGCAAACAUCCUAUACAACAGGAACACCAUCGGAGGGCAUGCAGCAGAAGAGAUCAACGGGAGGCCCGCGGCAUUGUCAUUUCUGCAGAGCGUUCUCAGUGAUAUGAAUGCGACAGGCUUUCCAUCUUCUGGGUGCAAGACCCAAGAUGUCAGUGUUAAUAUCACGGACACGGUAUUUUAG